GUGUUCUUUUGUAGCGCUUACAGGGCCGCGGGUGGGCAACUUUCCCGGCCACCGUCGGUUAGCUUACGUUUCUUUCUCCUCUUCCCCCUAAAGUGCGCCUUACCUUGAACCACCUUUCUACUGACAAUUGGCUUCAGUUGCUCUACUGGCACAAGAACUGCAUUGAACAUGAUAAUGAAGGGGACAGAAACGUACGCUAACCUCGGCUUAAGCGAGCCCGUGCGCCUACAGAGGCAGGUAACUACUCUAACCCGGGCGGUGGCUGCAUUGUCUGUACUUGUUGCGCUGCUGUUUGUGGGUCUUGUGUGCAUGGCUGUACUGUUGUACGGGGAACUGCAGGGCGCACAGAGGAGGGGGGUGGAGCUCGAGCUACCCGAGGUAGACCAGACUGGGAGGACAACCCAAGACGCCAGGUUUAUAGCUUACGUCAAAAAGGUGAUCCAACAGCUCUUGCGGAAUAACACAUAUAUCGAGAGGGACGAAGAGAAGAGGGGGAUUUCCUACCGCUGGGACCGUACCACACCACUCAGGGGGAGGGAGGACAGAUAUUCCUGGCCAAGCCUAUGGCCCACCUCACCGGAUCAACACUGGACAAUCCCCAGUUGGGGUACUCAAGAAAGACAAUUAAAACAAUGCAUGCCAAUAUUGGAGGUGCCUACUGAAAGCGACCAAGCCUGUCCUUCAUGAUUACCUCUAGAUUGUUCUUAAAAUUCUUUCUAACUUGACUGGUGUACCUCUCCUACACUUUUGACAGAACAUAAUGACGUCAGCAAUUAUGCACUGAGUGAUACAUAAAAAUAAAGAAUUACUGCUAUCUGUACAGAAACUGCAACAACAAUUUACCUUAUGAUAACAAACAAAUGACAGAUACAUGUAUCUCUACUUUACAUCAUUAUAAAUCAGUACAGAAAAAUGACAAGGGAUCAUGACAUAAACGUGGUAUCAAAAUAGAAA